AUGGGCAAUAACCAGGGUAACAGAUGCCUUCCUAUCGAGGGGACACGUAGGAGAGUGGAGUUCGAGGACAACUGGUUUGCUGAGGGCCGUUCACGGCGAGCUUACCGGGGCACCUACCAUGGUGAUCGGCGUGUGGAGGGGAAUAAGUGUGUGGUAAAACUGUACAAACAAGAGUGGUGCGACAGAAUGGGAGAGUUGGCCUACAGGGCCGAUAUCCGCGCGUCGGAAAGAGCUCAAGAGAUGGCCAUGGCAUUUAAACAAAAGUACCCGACUAUCGAAUCCAUUGAGUUCGUCCAGCCCGAGAUCUCGAAAAUCGACCACUCGUCCGCCUUCAAGCUGCUCGGAUUCAUUCCGAUCCAUAAGAGAGUCAAAGGUAAGACUACAGAAACCAAGGUUACCUCCAAGGUGAUGAUACCCACGGGAUCAACCGUGGCAGUCGAGAGGUACCUCGAGGGCGAGUUCAUCAGAUUCCUGAGCAACACCGGGUACCAAGGCGAAGAAGUACUUGACACAUUGCCGUCAGCAUUCAGUCACUUCACCUUCCACAUUUCAAACGGGCAAAUCCUAGUGUGCGAUCUGAAAGGAUUGCGCUGGGAACAUGGCUACGUGUUCACCGACCCAGCAAUCCACAGCCAGACGGCCGGCGACAGGCCCAACUACUUCGGCCCCACCGACCUUGGGGUCCUCGGCAUGAUCAAGUUCUUUCAGAACCACCGAUGCAACGAAUUGUGCGAAGGUUUUUUGAAGCCGGACCUGGUCAACAUUAGGCCACGCCACACUAGCCGAGCAAGACGCAUUACAGACAGGCCGGAAUCAACGUAUAUGCAGGAACUGGAACGACACAGCCCAGUAGGAUUUGAGUUGCUGUCGUCGUCGUAA